AUGAAGACCGCACUCUGGCCGAGUUUGUUGGCCCUUUCGGUCUCAGCAUAUGCUCAGGUCAAGGGGACGCCGUAUGGGUUUGCAGCGGGAACUACUGGAGGUGGUGACACGAAGGCUGCCCCUCCGUCGAGUCUUCAAGAACUCACUAAGUGGAUCACUGACGACAUUCCCCGGACCGUCCUGAUCGAUCGUACUUGGGACUUCACUGGGACUGAAGGUACCACCAAUGGUAAAUGCUGCAGCAAAGAUACAACUACAUGCAAGGGAGGCACGUCUAAGGGCCAGGGAUGGAUCGUCGAUGAGUGCAACGACGGAACUUGGUAUGAUUGUACAUAUGACAAUGCAGCGCGCACGCCGUUGAACGUGGGUUCCAACAAGAGUAUUGUCGGCGUGGGCAACGAUGGUGUACUGAAGGGCAAGGGAUUGCGUAUCUCAGGUGGAAAUAAGAAUGUGAUUAUCCAGAAUGUCCAUAUCACGAAUUUGAACCCUCAGUAUGUCUGGGGAGGAGAUGCACUCACCCUUGACGACGCCGAGCAGGUGUGGAUUGACCACAACAAGUUCUCCCUGACGGGCCGUCAACACAUUGUCAGCGGCUGGGGUAAAGCCGGUCACGUCACCAUCUCCAACAACGAAUUCGACGGACGCACCGAAUGGUCAGCGGGAUGCAAUGGCAAACACUACUGGACUAUGCUGUUCAUCGGCAAGGAAGACUACUACACGUUCUCUGGAAACUGGGUGCACGACGUGUCAGGCCGCGCACCACAUAUGGGCACUGAAAAAGCUGGCUCGCGUAUCUUCUUCCACGGCGUCAAUAACUAUUUCCAUAAUAUUGGUGGACACUCGUUCGACACUGAUACCAAUACCUGGGUGUUGCUGGAGGGUAACUACUUUGACAGUGUGGAUACUCCGUUGACUGAGUCCUCGUUGAAGAGCGGCUCGUUGAUCUACAAUGUGCCGACGGCGGACUCGGGGAGUGCCUGCUCAGGGUCUCUGGGAUAUAUAUGUGAAUGGAACCAGUUGGUUAAGUCCGGUACCUGGACGAAGAAGGUCGAUACGGCGGUUUUGACCGAGGCAGCGAAAUUCAAGGGCUCGUUGGUGGGCCAUAAGGAAGUUAUUGAUGUUCCAGCGAGCGUGAAGGUGAAUGCAGGUGUUGGGAAGUUAUACUGA